GAGCCCUCGGCUUCUGGCACAACAACAUCUGCAUUUGGAACAGCCGCCAGAGUGGCUUCGGUUUUGUAUGCGAGGAAGUCUAUCCCAGAAGGUACGCAUUUCGAUGAGUACACAGGUCUGAUCGCUCCUUUCUUUGGCGACUAAAACGACGACCUGGCUAGCUACAACAUGGCGAUCAAUGCUGGCCCACGUGUUCCUGACAUUCCAUUACCGCAGCUCACAUGUCGGCUUCACGCAACCAGGAGAGGGCCUGUCUUCCGUCCCACGAACCAUUCAUGCGAACCCAAUACCAAAGCCGUGCAGAUGCGUUACGGAAUGCAUCAUCGCAUCGUUGUCAUAGUGGCAACAGAGGAUUCAGAGCCCGGUGAUCAGAUCACCUUGUUCUAUAACAAAACAUGGUUCAAUGAUGAGAACCCGUGUCGGUGUCGUAAGGAUACUUGUAAAUAGGAGCGAAGAAGGAAAAGGGAUGCCGCAAAGGCCGCGGCGGUUGAAUUGGACACAGAUCGCACUAAGCGUAACGAGGUAGGAGCAAAGCCACCUCUAAAGCACAACCAUCGCUGAAGCUCCAUGGAACUCUUAUCGACAGACUGCAUAUCAGGCACACUGUAAGUUCAGUAGACUAUGAUAAGUUAGAUGGGGACAAUGGGAGUGAG